AUGUACCGGGAUUCCUCAGAUGGCAUUGCAGAGAACACCACAUCAGUCAUUGGCUUCAUMAAUAAGUKCCACAAUGACGUCAUCCCCACAGUGACCAUACUCGAAGAGGUAGUUUGGAAAGGAGAGACAGUCAGUCUGCAGUGUGUCAUACCAGGCUACACAGACUGGAGGUACUACUGGUACAAAAACAACCGACACCUUCCCAGUCAGACCAGUAAAGCCAUAGAUAUCACCAUCCCCAUCACUCWGACUGGUCAGGCUGGUCAGUACAGAUGUGAGGGGCUGAGGACAGAUCYGCCKCAGAGGUCACAACCCAGUGAUGACAUCACUAUCAGUGUCACUGCUCUGCCCAAAGCUACACUGACUGUAGAUCCAAACCCUGUGUUUCCUGUAGAGACAGUUACUCUGACGUGUUCAGUAGGGUCUGACAGUAGAUGGAACUAUCAGUGGUACAAAGACAGGAAUGAUAAUGUAGUAUCCCAGUCUGUCAGACACACUAUAACAGGAGACACUCUCACCAUCAGUAGAGCUGCUGAGUCUGACCAGGMUCUCUACUGGUGUCAAGGAGAGAUCCAGUCCAGAUCCAUAUCAAUCAUCAGUGAUCCUGUCACUAUCACCCUGAAUGCUCUGCCCAGUGCAUCAGUGAGUAUCUCUCCUCAGUUUGUCCUCUACCCUGGAGAUACAGUCACUCUGCAGUGUGACAUAUCAGACUACACAGACUGGACGUACCACUMGUUUAAAGACAACCAACUGCUUCCCAGUCCGACCAGAAAAACCAUCACCUUCUCUCUCCCUGACAAGGCUGGUCAGUUCGAGUGUGUUGGGAUGAGGAGAGGUCGGCCCCAGAUGUCAUAUCUCAGCUUUUCUCUCCCCAUCAUCAUCACUGCUCUGCCCAAAGCUACACUGACUGUAAAACCCAACCCUGUGUUCCCUGGAGGGAAGUUACUCUGACCUGUUCAAUAGAGUCUGACAGUACCUGGAGCUAUCAGUGGUACAAAUACAGGAAUGAUAAUGUACUACCCCAGUCGGUCAGACACACUA